UUUUGGCGCUCGAAACAAUAAUUCAUGUGCUUCUUGAUUCCGGCAUCCGGCGCGUGAUGUCAACACGACAGUCGGGAUAGUGACUGUUUAUUGUGUGUCCUUAUCACAGAACAAAGCGGAAGUGAUUAGGCAUGUCGAGGAGAGUCGGUGGUGGUGUUCAAUUACAUGCGGUGCAUAAUUGAUGGAUUGAUAAUUAUUAAUGAGCGUAAACUUUGCCAAUGUAAAAGUUAGAAUUAUGACAAGGAUCUAGGUUGAAAGUUUUGGCGACGACGAACUUGCUGGCUGCCGACUUGUGGUGUCUUUUGGUGAUUUGAGGCUUAAGCGGCAAACGGAUUGCUUUAGGCGUUGCCUCACUUGUGAAACUUUUCCAGCGCCUGUGUGUUUUUGGACCAUUUCCACCAUCUGCAGUAUCACUAGCUUUGACAAAUCCGCCAGGAUCAGCUUACAAUGUUUCCCAUUGUGUGGACGUUUUUGGCGAUGCUGACUGCGGCAAAUUGCGAGUCCAGCCCGCAGAUACCGGAGCCGGUGUGUGGUCAGAUUUCCCUGAUGCUGGAUAAUUGCUUCCAUAACACGACACCGAAAAUGGCUGUCGAUGUGCUGUACACGGUCAAAAUACCAGAAACGUUGGAGGAAAUCAGCAGCCGAUGCAUGGUAUUUAACCGGGGCAUGGAUUGUGUGCAGCACUAUCUCAACGCCUGUGUCGAUGCGAAGGAGCGCAAAAUCAUCGAGAACGAGGUUUACGGAGCCAGGAAGCUGUACGAGUACCUUUGCCGCGACAAGUCCUUCCAGCGAGAGUUCCUAAAGCACAAAGCAUGCUUCCGCUAUAUGCACAACGACUGGGAUUCCUGUUCUCGAAAUUUCAUCAGCAUCCUGAAGGAGGAAAUGGCACGGACGACACAGGAGAGCUUCAACGUGCAGUACAUGCACUUUUGUUGCGCCCGCUUCGGCUACGAGACUUGUGUCUUCACCAGUGCCACCUACAAGUGCAAGCUGGAAUCGGCCAUAUUCCUGAAGAAAAUUGCCAAGCUGCUCUCCACCGACCGGCACUUUUUGAACUGUGAUAGACUGGAGCUAGAGCUGUGCUCCGCCGGACGCCAGCCCACCGGAAUGCCGCUUCUAGUCGCUGUAAUCCUGCUGUUACGUCUGCUGCUGCUAAUGGACACAUCCGGCUACGGAAGGCUCGUGUGACUCGACAGCUGCAGAUAUCAUCACUUGCCAGCCAUCUUGCACAUUUCUUUUUGUGACUGGUCAUAUUUGUAUUCUUCCAGGCUGCGAGGGGCGCUGUUUUGCAUUCGUCGUCGUGCAAUGUGGACUUCAACAUCGUUUUGCUCGGAGAUACUGGAUAGAAAAAAGGAUUGUAUAAAUACUAAAGCCGAAAGAUUUGUGACCAAUUUGAUUACCUUUCAUUAUAGUUUGACAAACACCUGCGACUACAGCGUUUAUUGGAAGAUAUCUCUUCGUUGUUCGAUGGAGCUUCAACCGUUGAAGGUGUGGUGGACAAACAGUGAUCACUAUCCUAUUUGGGGAUACUGAAUAGAAAUAGUUCAAGUCAUUCAGUUUAGUACAGUAAUAACUGAUGAAAGACAUUAUCACGAACAGUUACCAUACUUCAUUAAGUACAGUUAAAAUCCUUACCGCUUCAGCAAUAGUUUUUGAUUAUGCGGGUAUGUAUGUGGUACUAAAAAUACCAAAAAUUUUGGUCAAAGAGGAUUGUUUAUCAAACUUAUUCGACAACUACUCAAAAUUGGGUUGUUUAACUACUCACGGACAUUAGGUAAAAGUGUGUAAUUUUGUGAGCAAAACGUGAUUUUUUAAAACUUUGUGUCAUCAUUCUUCGCUUUUUAAAUGAAGAAUAAAAAUUCGCUCUAAAUCGCUACAAUGACAGCCCUAGUAACAAUAUUAGUUUUAUCAAAGUUUUAUAGCGCUUAAUACAGCCAGAACAGCGCUUUAAAACUUUAUAAAACCAGUUUUGUUACUGGGGAGUUGAUAUCUGGGCGAACUGUCAUUGUAGCGAUUUCGAGCAGUUUUUAAUCGUGAUAUUAAAAGCUAAGGACAAGAAAUGCAGUUCUUUCAGAUGACAUAAAAAACUGAUACAGUGAUGAUUCGCUCGUUGGGGUUCGUUAGUUGGGUGUUCGCUGACCCAACUAAAAAGCACUCUAAUGUCAGAAUUCAACGUCAUUCAAAUGCUUUUCAGGAGUCCGUAAAGUGAAAAAAAUAUUACUAAAAUAAAAUUUUAUUAUUUAUUGUAAAAAAAUUGUAAACAUGUUUAGUUAUUAAGCUUAAUCCAUUCAGCAUUGAUAAGUUUGUUUCUCAGCGCUAUUAACUGGACACUUCAUGCAGAUAAUCUCUGGCAUAAUCAAUCGCGUAAUUCGCAAAGUACAUGUUAUACAUUUAUACAUUUUGUACAUUUUGUGGGUAAUUUAAAGGUUUAUUGUUCGGUUGUUUGUUCUUUUAUUUCUUCAACGCCUUCACCGGAAAUAUACAGCGUAGCGAUCCUCCAUUUUUUAGGC